AUGGUUUCUCGUCCGGACUACGAAGCAUUGCCUACACCCGCAACGCCAGUAUCAGGAGAGACCUUGAUGUCGCUACUUGAUAGGAUUGAACAGGUUCCUAAUGAUGAAGCGAGCAGCCAGCACAAAGCGAGGCUCCAGCAGAAGGUGGCAAAUGCCGCUCAGACAUACCUUGCCAAAAUUGCACUCCUUUACAAUCGAAAUCAAUUCUUAGCUAAGAUCAACGACGAAGGAAAAGCUCGCCGAGCAGCCGACCAGAAGGUAAUAGGGACAGCAAGAGUGGUGACCUAUGAGGACCUCGAGGACGAGCGAGCGAAACGCGCUGUGAUGGACGCUAAGGCAGCGGAGAAGAUGGCUACAAAGGCUGCUAAAAAUAUUGCGAAUGCUACACGAGACGCAGAGGGAGCUACUAUAGGCAAGACCACGCGGGGUCGUAAACGGAAGAAUACUGCGUCAGCGGCAGCCCCAAGGGCCAAAACUGCGCAGAUUAGCGAUACAUUGGUUGCAGAAGGUGAGGAUGAAGCAGGUGCUUCAGAGCCACAGGCCAAGGCAGCGCGAACGAGGAAAAGGCUAGAGACACCAUCAUCUAUAGUGGCUUAUGCGGAGGAUGAGAUCGCACUGGAAGGUUGGAGAGCCCCGGUUGCGCAAAUGUGGUAA